UGGAGACCUCCAUGUUCGGCCCCUUUACAAUUGUGAAACUGGAGGGGAAAAGUGCUGUCCUAGUCACGCCAAAAAGCAAAGUAAUACAUAAAAUAAACAUUGACCAGCUAAACCCAUAUAUUGAGCCUACGCCGCGCAUCCCCCACAAAUGGAUGACAGAAUCCACAAUGUCCGUCUCACCGUCAUCUCUAGCCCCGUCACCCUCAUCUCCAGUUGCCUCAACCUCAGCUCCAGCCCCCUCAUCUCCAGCCCUGUCACCCUCAUGUCCAGUCGCCUCAACCUCAUCUCCAGCCGCCUCACCGUCACCCCCAUCUCCAGCAGUGUGUCCCUUCAGACACUUUGGAAAAAGGUAGAUCCCCUGGAUUACGACGUCAUGGUUGGAGCUGUCCGCGAGCACCACCACUGGACACUAACUGUGAUGUAUCCUAAAAAGAGGCAGUCGGUGUAUGUGGAUCCUUUUGGGGCUAAUGAGGACGUAUUAAAAAAAUGCAGUGCAGUGACCAGGGCUUUCAUGAAGCAGCGGGGCCACAACUGCUCCCGUUGGUCCAGUGAAACGGUACCACACGCUCGACAAGUUUACACAACCUCAUGCAGCGUUAUUGUGUGUAAAUUAGCAGACAUGAUUCUAAAUGGAGAGGACAUGGAGGACAUUUUUGAUAAGUCUUUCAUUUUACGGAUGAGGUUGCAGAUAGGCCAACGGCUGAUCAAAGAAAAAGAUGAUUUGUCCGACCUAUGCCGAGUGUGUGGUUCAUAUGUCACAGAUGUGCAAUGGAUUGCUUGCACACUUUGUGAUGGAUGGUUCCACUGCAGCUUUGUUGGGCAACCACCAGUGGAUGCACCUUUUUAUUGCCCAUUGUGCAUAUAAACAUGUUUAUUUCUACCCUGUAAAAGGGUUUUUAGUAGGGAUGAGCGAAUACAGCAUUAUCUGUAUCUGUAUCUGUAUCUGUUAACCAUAUGAAUUAUCUGUAUCCGUAUCCGUACUCGGAGUGGGCGGGGCCUAACCCGGAAGUGGGUGUGACUUAACCUGGGAGUGUGUGUGUGAGUGAGUAAGAGAGAGACAGAGAGAGAGAGGGGGAGGGUGUGUGUGUAGCUUAAUUUGUAAUAUUUUUUAUAUAACUACUACCUAGAAUGUGUCAGACACUCAGUGCGUGAAGUAAAAUAAAACUGGUUAGAGCCAACUGACGGUAUAAAAAAAAAAAAAAACUCCAACGACCGGCAGAGAGAGGGAGAGAGAGAGAGAGCGAGAGAGAGAGUAGCCAGACGCUAGAGAGUAGUCAGACACUCAAUGCGUGAAGUAAAAAAAAAAAAACUGUUUAAAGAAAAAUAAUAAUAAUAAUUCUCCGACAGGCAGAGACGCAACGCGAGUCGCUUUCUACCAGCACCACGUCUGAACGAACCCAUGUUUAACAGAGCUCUACUGGUUAAUAAGUAAGUACAAACUGAAAUAAAAACAAACUUCAAGCUGAAGAAACCCUAAACGUUAACGGAAAAGACCCGCGAACCUGAGUGACUGAGAGACAGAGAGCUGUUCUGUGAGUGAGUGAGCAGAGCGGUGUGUGAAGGGGAGGAGCGCUGUGACGCUGUGUGAGGAUUUUCAUUCAGUCCAAGCACAGAUAUUGACUCGUAUUACUCGUAUAAUACUCGUGCUCGGCAAAAGUGCUUUAUCCGUACCGGAUACUCGUUUCAGCCGAGUAUCCGGCUCAUCUCUAGUAAAUACUGUUGUCUCUGCCCUGUCAACAUCCUGUGAAAACCAUCAGCCCUUCACAAGCAAAGAAAAACUGUCCUGUUUUCAGCAUGGUGACAAUGUAUUGUGAAGUAUUACAAAGGCAUUUCAAGCUGUUAAUGUAGGUUUAGACGUAAUCAGAAGAAAUGUUCUCAACCCAUUAAAAAACAUUUAAUCAUUUUGGUUCUCUAGAAUUUGAAAAUGCAUAGUUUUCACAGGAUGGUGAUGACGUGUAACAAAUAUCCGGCCGAAACUGCUGAAUGUCCAAAACUGGGAAAGGAAUUUUCUACAAAUAUUUUGCACAAAGUAUCAGUCGAUCCGAAGUUUCUGAUGGUUCUUUUAUUCUCAGGAUUGAUGUCGGUCUACUUCUGUGUACUAAAGUUAAUACUAUGUUGGUGUGCUGGGGACCAAUGGAAUGAGGGAGUGAAUGUGGGGUGCGGGGUUGAGAGACGGAAGCGGGAGCUGAAUAAAACAUGUCAACAUCA